AUGACCGAUGAUCCCGUCAAGACGCCGCCGCCUGCGUCCAGUCUCAACGGGGAGACGCUCGGACCGCACAUGAUCAACGAAGAAGGGUCCGACAUGACGCGCGACAUCUUCUUUGCUAUUCUCAAGGACACGCAGGACGGACCGCCACGUCCCAAGUCCUUGCCAGACCAGAGCGAGAUCCUCCACGAAGAUGUUGGCAAAGCGUCGGACAUUGCCCAGCCUGGAGGAUUCCGUCGCGACCACAUGAUCACGAACCUCGAAGGCGACAGUCCUCAUGUGCCUUCGUGUGUGCAGGACUCUUUUCUUGAGUCGAUUCAGCCGACCGAAGGGUUUUUGCGGUCUGCGUACGGCGGCUUUAUUAUGGCCAAUCUUGACUUAGCAGACGAUGACGACGAUUCCGAUGAAACCAGCACACCGCUCUUGAGUCGUGCGUGGAAGCGCCGGCCUGAGAAGCAGCAGCCGAGUGCGACCGUUGGGAAAACCGUGUUUACGAUCCUCAAAUCGUUUAUCGGUAGCGGCAUCCUGUUUUUACCCAAAGGCUUCCAGAACGGUGGAAUGCUCUUUUCGCUUGGAGCACUGAGUGUCUCGGCAAUACUGUCGACUUUUUGCAUGUUGCGUCUGACCGACUGUUCCAAUGUUGUGCAACGUGAACAUGGUCACAUAAACGUAUCGUACGGUUUCGUUGGCGAAAAAGCAUUUGGAAAAGUGGGCCGCGUGGCUGUGAACAUUUCGCUUGUGCUCUCGCAACUUGGUUUCUGCUGCUCGUACCUGAUUUUUGUGGAGAAGAAUAUUGGCGAGGUCAUUCUGGCUGCGUUCGGCAUCCAGAGAACGACUGCGUCAUCGUCAUUGACGCUCAUUGUGCUCCAGAUCCUGCUCUACACGCCGCUUUCGUGGGUGCGCCGCAUCGAAUACUUUGCGCUUACGAAUUUGUUUGCCGAUCUCCUCAUCCUGUUUGGCAUCGUGUACAUCAUAUCUUACACGGUGCAAACGCUCGAUGACGCGCCGGCUAACAGUAGUUCGUGGGAAAAUUUCAACUCGAAGAGCUGGGCCAUGUUACUGGGUACAGCCGUGUACUGUUUCGAAGGCAUUGGACUGGUGCUGCCGAUCUAUGACGCUAUGGAUCACGAUACGAAGCACAAGUUCCCUCGCAUCCUUGCGUACACCAUGAUGUUCCUUGUAACACUCUUCUCGGUUUUCGCUGGACUUGUAUACGCGGCAUUUGGGCAAAACACACAGUCUGUUGUCACCAUGAACUUGCCCAGUGCUCAAGUCAGCCUCGCUACCAUGUCUGUUCAGAUUACGUACUCGAUCGCACUGGUGCUCACGUACCCGCUUAUGCUCUACCCGGUGAUCAAGAUAUUGGAAGGCUAUCUCUUCCCUAGUCACAGCCAGAAGGGUUACUGGCGCUGGGAAAAGAAUGGGUUUCGGUUCAUGCUGGUGUGCCUCACUGCUGCUGUCGCGUAUUACGGAAAAGAAGAGCUUGACAAUUUUGUGGCACUUAUUGGCGGCUUCUGCUCCGUACCAUUGGCUUUCAUCUAUCCGUGCCUGUUCCACUCCAAGCUUCUAGAGGAUGGACGCGCCUUGAACAACAUCAUCAUUGGGAUAGGCAUCUUCACGAUGAUAUUCGCAACCUACCAAGCUCUGUCAACGUGGGCCUAG